AUGAUUCGUGGAUCAUCUGUUUUAAAGAGCUUAACUUCUCGUCGUUUAUAUUCCACUGGCACUAAAUACACCACCUUAUCCAAUGGUGUCACACUUGCAACUGAAACUAACCCAAGUGCCAAAACUUCAUCUGUUGGUUUAUUCAUCGGUGGUGGUUCCAGAACUGAACACUCCCAUAGCAAUGGUAUUUCUGCAUUGUCUGCCAACGUCUUGGCUUCUCAACCAGCCAAAGGUUCUUUAUUAUCCGCCGUUAAUGGUAAAGAAUUGAAUGGUGUCAUUGCUCAAACCACCAACGAUAACAUUCUUGAAGCUGGUAAAUUGAUUGCUUCUAUUGGUUCCAAUGCCAUUGAAAUUGCGGACAAAACCGAUUUGACCAAACACAAGGAAUUGUUGAGCAAACAAGCCGCUGCUGUUGAAGCCGAUCCAAGAUCAAGAGUUUUAAGUCAUUUGGAAGCUUCUGCUUUCCAAGGUUACUCUUUGGCUUUACCAACUUUGGGUACCACUGACUCCAUCAAGAACUUGGAAAACCAAGAUGCCGUUCGUCACUUGUCUAAACACUUUGUUACCAACAACACUGUUGUUGCUGCCGCUGGUAACUUUGACCACGAUAAAUUAGUUGAAGUUCUUGAAUCCAGUUUGAAAGUUGAAGCUGGUGUUAAACCAGACACCAAACCAGCCUCAUUUUUGGGUUCUGAAGUCAGAAUGAGAGAUGAUACCAUGCCAAAAGCAUACUUCUCUAUUGCUGUUCACGGUGAAGGUUUGAACUCUCCAAACUAUUUUGUGGCUAAAGUUGCUGCUGCCAUUUUCGGUGAUUUCAAUGCCCACUCCACUAUUGCUAAAUACACUUCUCCAAAAUUGGCUUCUGAUGUUCAAGAAUACAACCUUGUUGAAUCUUACAACCAUUUCUCCAAAUCUUUCUCCGAUACUGGUGUUUGGGGUUACUAUGCCGAAGUUUCUGACAGAUUUACUGUUGAUGACUUCUGUCAUUUCUCAUUAAAACAAUGGAACAGAUUAUCCAUUUCCAUUUCCGAAGCUGAAGUUGCUCGUGCCAAGGCCCAAGUCAAGACUGCUUUGAUUAAAGAAUUGACUGGUUCUUCCAAUGCUGCUGCUGCCAACAUUGCUGAAAACAUUUUGUUGGUUGGACACAGAGAAUCUUUGGAACAAGCUUUUGAAAAGAUUGAUUCCAUUAAAGUUAAUGAUGUUAAAGAAUGGGGUAAAUCUAAGGUCUGGGACAGAGAUAUUGUCAUUUCCGGUACCGGUUUGAUUGAAGAUUUGUUGGACUACAACAGAAACAGAAAUGAAAUGGCCAUGAUGAGAUGGUAG